AUGAAAUGUGUUGAGUUUGUGGACGAUGAUUUACUUGUGAUUGGAAGUUCCGAAGAGGCUGAGCAAAAUCAACUCUAUGUGUUCAAUUUAAGAAAUCUGGAAUGGUGCUCGUAUCCUCUGUCCGGAGAAGGACCUCCAAAAUCAUCGUUUUAUUACGCAGUUCUUUCCCAAGAACGAGAUCGAAUUUAUAUAUUUUGGAGCUCAGUGGAGUCAGGGCUCUAUGCAACUCUCAAUCAAGACUUCCAGGAUGACGAGGGUUUUCAGGUCAAAAAAGGGCAACUUGUAACAAUCUAUGAAAAUGAUGAUGAUCAAAACGAUGAGAUUGAAUACGUCUACUGUAUAACGCAAGAACGACAAGUUGGAGAGGUUCCAAAAUCCUAUUUCAUAUUAGAAGAGGAGAAUAAUUUUUUUGAUACCUUUGAGCAUUCCGUUUUGCAAUUAAGCGUGCUUACUUUUCAUGAUAUGCAAUGGAGGACUAUUCAAUUCUCAGGAAACGAUUUCCCAAAAGCAAGAAGAGAUUUUUCAUGCAAUUUAAUCGAUAAUUGUAUUUAUCUUUUCGCUGGUGUUUCAGAUUCUGCAGUUAUUCAUAACGACGUUUAUGUGCUGAACCUUAGUAUGUACCAAGUGUUGACGCUCGUCUUAUUAACGUUUUAUUUAGCAUCUUAUUCAUGGGAGAAAGUAAAACUUCAAGACCAUGAAAAACCUCCACCUAGAUAUGGACAUUCUACAACCUCACUCGUUGUACCCUCAACCUUUGUUGUCAUGUUUGGAGGUUUGGAUUACGAAGACUACAGGAAUGAUUUGUUUUUGUUUGACCUUUCAUCCAAAGAAUGGAGUGAGAUCGAAAUUGAAUCCGGACCAUCAGCGAGAGCUUUUCAUUCAGUGAUCAAUUACGAUGAGUCAACUCUGUUGUUUUUCGGAGGAGAAGGAAAAAAUGGCUUACUGAACGAUAUCUGUUCUUUGAAUAUUUCGGACAGCAAGUGGAGCGAAAUUAAAUGUUCAGGCGAUACACCAAGCAGAAGAAUUCAUUCCACUCUGGGUUUGAAGGAAGGGGAGCUUCUUUGCUUUGGUGGGAUUGAUAACGCCGGAACAACAUUGGAUUUGUUUUCACUCUCGUUUCACACUUGCAACGAACAAAAAAAUGAUAGAGAGGAAAAGGAAAUUGAGAAAGAACAAGAAACAGCUCCUGUUUGCGAGUUAAAUUCAUCUCCGACAGUUGAAGAUGAGCAAAAUAAUGAUGGUUUUGUCAUUGAUUUCGACAAUUAUACUUUCACCAUCGAAGAAACAGAAACUCCCAAUACGGAUGCCACAACACAAAACCAUCCAGAUGUAAUUGACAUUAUUUUCCAUACAAUCUCCAAUGAACAACACACCAUUUCCAUCAACUCACUCAUCAAUCUCUUUAGAAAUUGUAGAAUCCCACAACAAGGAUUAAUGUGGGAAACAAUUCUUGAGGUUAUUGUUCGAAUGAUUGGCAAGGCUGAUUUGAGUGAGAUAGAAGAACGAGAUGAGAUUAAUUGCAGACAAUUCAGAGAAAUUACUACUGAAAUUGCAAAGAUGAAGUUUAAUUCAACAGACUCAUCUCUUGAACGCUUGAUUGAGGAACAUUUACUUCCCUAUCACGCAACCAAGUAUCAAGACACAACGGUGAAUGAAAUAUAUUCAUUACAGUGCUUGACGUUGUUCAUACAAUACUCAAAAUUGCUUCAGAAGAGGCACAAGAACUACCCAGAGUUAGACUAUCCUCAAUUUCUGGAGGCACUGGGAAGAAUAGCAAUAUUUAUUUUCUCAAAAAAACCAUUGAUAGCAAACAAAACUGAAGAACAAAUUGCAUUACUUUUUGAAAAUAUUGGUUUUGGGAAGAACUCUCUCUUUAACAGCUUUUUCAAAAAAGCUCUUUCACUCAACCCAUCGAACGUUAAAUAUUCUAAAAUUGAUAACAAGUUAAAGCCCGUCAAGCCGAAAGAAAUUAAGCAGCAGUAUUUGGACCUAAUUCAAAACAAACAUGAGCUGAAGGCUGAGUUACACAAUAUUUUCAUGUAUUACUGCUCAUUUGGUAACCGUUUAAACUUGAAUCUGAUGAGUUCGUUUAAAUUUCGGUUUUUUAUACGAGAUACGAACAUUUAUACUUAUGGAUUUAAACAAGAGACUGCAGAUUUAGUUUUUAUUAAGAUUCUUAGUGCAUCGAGCGUGAAGAAUCAUGUGAACUCUCAGAAAAUGAACUUUUCUCAAUUCAUAGAAUGCCUUAAAGAACUUGCCAACAAGCUCAGACCUGACCUUUCACCUUCCAAAGCAUUUGCUAAGUUUUUACUAAUUGACGUGCUUCCAAACGUAAAUAGACUAGGAUCAGCUCAGUGCGAUAUUGACGAGGAAGUAGCAACUGCUGCUGAAAGAGUGUUUGAGACUAUCAGAAGAAAUUUGCAACGACUUUUCAUACUGUAUUGUAACAGCAACAGCUCUACCCAAUUUCAAUCCAUUCAAGAAACAAUGCAUUUUGAUGAAUUCUUCAAACUCGCUGCUGACUUUGAUUUGGUUCCAUUCAUCUCAAAAAAGGAUAUGUACAGAAUUUUUAAAUCGUGUUGUACUAAUGAUUCCAAUGAAUCACUUUCAUAUCAAAAAUUCGAGGAAGCUCUCCUUAAAUAUGCUAAAACUGCAUUCUCCAAAUAUCCUUAUGAUUCUAAAUAUCCCACAAUAGAGAGUAAAUUGGGGUUGCUAAUUGAAAAGAUGGCCCUGACACAAUGGAACUUAUUGCGAAAAAAGCUGGAAAAGCUUGGACGAACGUUAGUUGUAAAUCCAAGUCUUUCCCACUCACCAACCAAACCAGUUCCCAAGCAAUAA